AUGGAGAUGAACAACAGCGAACCUUACGAAUCUAAUUGGAAACUUUGCGCCAAACAACAAUUAUCAGCGUUAAGCUCGUUGCUGUCAGUGUUCAUGGUCGUUAUUCUGGCGAUUCCAGCAUGUUGUUUGUCAGGAUGCCUGAUGGAAGAGCUGGGCAGAAGAACGUUUUUAAUAAUUUCCUCGGUUAUAUCCUUAGUUGGAUGGCUGACGAUUGGACUUACGAAUCAUAUUUGGUGUCUCUUGAUUGGCAAUGCAAUCUGUGGUCUGGCUAAUGGACUGACAGUCUCAGUGGUGCCAGUUUAUAUCGGUGAAAUUUCAGAUCCAGUGUUUCGAACCUCUUUAUUGGGUAUGACAAACGUAGCAAUGUUACUUGGAAACUGGGUGAUCAUAGAAAUGGAUGAUUUGCUACGCUCGAAAACCAUCAUCUUUAUCUGCACCUGUUUUUCGACGAUCAACUGUAUAAUCUGUCUCUUCACUCGAGAAAGUCCCGUUUGGUUGAUAGACAAGGGAAAAACGGACGAAGCACGGGACUGUUGGGUGCAUCUGCGUGGAAAAAAAGCUUUGAACGAGUAUUACUCUAUGUAUAUGCUUCUGAUCUCUGGACUUGGUACCACCUCUACUCUUUGCCUCUUGGGUCUAUCAGUUUUCUUCGGUAUCUAUAAACCAUGGAUAUCCGCCAUUUGUUUUAUAUUGUACUUCAUAUUUGAGCCAAUAGGUCUGGUACCUCUGUCAUGGAUUCUCUGUGGUGAGUUGUCCAGAAAAUUGAGAAGUUUUGGUGUUGGUUUCGCGACCGCCUUCUUCUUCUUUUUUUCCUACGCAGAGAUGAUAGUCACGCCGGAGAUAAUCUUUCUACUGACACUGCCUGGAACUUUUGUGAUGUACGGCGUUGCGACGUUGACUGUCACUGCCUUCUUGAUAUCGGCGGUACCGAAUACUAAGAAUAUGACUCUGUUGGAAUUAGAAACGACGUUUGACGGUAUGUCGGAGUCUUAG